AUGCUACCUUCAACAUCGUUUGCUCCAUCUACUAGCUCGCAUAAUUUCGUCUCAGAAAGUAUGCAGUCAUCUCAACAAACUACUCCUACAAUUACUGCCACUACUACUACUGCUACAACUACUUCUAGUUUAGUUCAGUUGUUGAAUUCACCGAAAGCUACUCGUUUGUAUCGACCAACACCCAUACAUCCACUUGCUUCAGGGUUAAUUCUCUCAACAGGCACAAAACUAUCUGAAUUAGAAGCUGAUCAUGAAGUACCAUUAGAUCUCAGCCAGCCAGCAACAACACUAGGAACAUCAUCAUCAUCGUCAGCAUCAGUCUCAGCACCAUCACCAUCUGUACGACAGCAGUCUGUAAUCAAAACCCAACGGCAAAAAACAUUUCUGCCAACUUGUGCAAAUCCAAAUUUAGACUCUAACUGGAUUGCAAUCAAAUUUGGUCCCUCAGUAGGACCAAAUCGAAUGUCAUAUCCAAGGGAAUUCAAACUUAUGGUUGUUAAUUAUUAUUAUACUAAUGGACAGAAUAAGUACCGUACCUGCAAAGAAUUUCAAAUAACUAAAUCAAUGCUUAAUGGCUGGCUGCAAAAAAUUGAUAAAAUUCAGCAAUCUAGGCCUGGUUCAUUGAAAUCUGGUCGUAGCGGUCGUAAACCGCAAUUUCCUGACAUUGAAAAACAAUUAUUCCAUCUUUAUCAUGCUCAUUUAGAAAGGGGAAAAAAAGUUGGGAAUCGAUGGAUUCGAGAAACAGCUCGAGAUUUAGCACGACAACAAUGCUCAGAACGAGAAUUAGCAGGUAUGUGUCAGUUUAGCGAACGCUGGUUAAGUAACUUCAAGAAACGCUACAAGAUCAAUUUGAAUCGUGAUUGGUCUUCUGGUAAUAGCAGUUUCGGUUCUAACGAAUCUGUUGGAUCUAGUAGUAGUGCAACUGGAUCCCUACAUCCUUCACCCACUAAAUCUGAUGAAGCAGCAGAAAAUGAAAGUAUGGAUUCUGAUGUAGAUAGCAUUCUGAGUGACAGUUUAGAAACUCUGAUUGAUGUAGAAGAUCAGACAAGUUCUCAAAAUCGAGUACCUACAACAGAAACGUUUCCAACAACACAGGAACAUAUUCAAGAAAUUCUUAAUAAACCGGGUCAAUUACCUAUUCAAGCAUUUUAUGAACGAUUUCCAUGGCUCUGCCGGAAAAAUCAUGUAGGUGCAGAACCAGGUCGUAGAGGUCGUAAAGUACAAUUUCCAGGUGUAGAAAAAGUUUUAUUUGAAAGAUUGCAACAACAGCAGUCGAAAGGAGAACGUAUUUCUAAUCGUUGGCUUCAGCAGCAAGCUCGUGAAUUAGCACUACAAAUUUGUCCUGAAGUAUUAAAAGAAGCAACAAAAUCCGCUCGAUGCUUAUUCUCUGAGCAUUGGUUGCAUAAUUUUAAGAAGCGAUAUGGAGUAACAUUAAAGCAAAAUAAUGGUAAUAGAAAUUUAUCAAAUGCUCCAAGUAAUGUAACUUCAGGAAUUACUUCUUCAGCUUACGCACUUCAGUAUGAUUCUUCUCCUACAUCAUCAUCUGAUUUAUCACUAUCUAAUACAGCAAAGUCAGCUACGGAUUUAACUACAGUUUUGCAUUUACAAAAUUGGUUUCUUACAAAAUAUUACGGUCAAGAACAAGGAACUAAUACAUCAGCUACACAAUUGGAUGGAUUGGUAUCCACUUCAGCUCAUCCUGUGUGGUAUCCAACACCUUUGACGCAAUGUUUGCUUUAA